GGGGCGCUAAAAAACCCUUGCCAGUACUAUUUGGCGGCGCACCCUCGGACAUAAAUUCCUGAUCCGUAUGACGAGAACACUUGCCCAAUGCGGCACGGUGUCGUGGACUCGGAAACCGAGGGGGAUUACCAAGGACGGGGUGUUGAGCAAACGUGGAAUUAAGUAACCGAACUGUGGUGCGAUAUAGCGUGUUCGGCCGCCAGCACCUCCGCCGGCGGUAGCAUUCACAAAGAGCGGAGAGAGAGAACAGAAAGUUUUUGAAGCAUUAGUCCAUAUGUUGUGUGGGCAUAUAGCUUCCCGGUCGAGGAAGACGGUUGACAUAAGGAACCCCACCUGAAGCCUUUGGUCUUAAAGACAGCGGGGUCAUUGACGUAUAUCGCGUACCGUUGGAAGCCGACUAUCACGAUGAUGAAAACACGGCUUUCGAGUAAAAACAAGCUACUCAGGACGCCCAAGAAACUCGGAGGAAGCAACACGGAGGCCAUGAGCAGUUUUCUGGACCACCGAACUCGCAGAAUAGCACGAAGGCCAUUGACAGCCGGGUGGCUCAUACUUCUUCACAGAAGCCGAUGGUCAUCGACGUAGUUCAUCCACCCUCAGUUGACCACUCACUUCUGGUUGCAAAGUGAGUGGUCAGUGACCCUAUAGCCGGCCACAUCAGUUUUGCUACAGCGUCUUACGAGCUCUUGUAGUAUUUAAUUAGGAACCAGGUGACCAGCCCAGAACCCCCACGCUCUAGGAUGCUGCCGCUGAUUGUCCACGAUUGCUUGCUCAUCUCGCCUGCGUACAACGAGACUUAUUCACAGUUGCCUUCACAAGGAAGGCGUUCCUCGAUCCGCAAACUGAGGACGCACCCCGUGACGUACAGCUCCGCCGAACCAACCAUUAGUCAGUUCACUUUCUGGACUGAGUCUACACUUCAGUUGUCUGUUCAGCCCUACUGUACGGCGAUGAAACCUGGUUCAUCAAAUGGACUUAUGUGAAGAGCCUUGCUUCAUUCCACCUCCGGUGCCUUCGCAGCUUAGCGCACAUCUGUUGGGAACACCUUGUGAGCAACGAGCAUGAUCGUCGCCUUGUUUACGGCACACGAAUAGCAGGUUAAGGGUUCGGCUCCUAGGGUUGGAUCACCUGUUGCGCAUGUCAACACACCGACUCCCGCGAAAUGUGUUCUUUGCGCACCAGGGUUGUGGAUGGAAGAAGAGGAAGGGAUGCCAACCAGUAACUUGCUCAAGAUAAAUGAUGUCCCUUGCUUCGAAGUCGGUAUCGAUUGGAGUCUCUCGGCUCCCUGGUUGGUGUCCUAAAGAUGAACACGUUUGGCUGGAUAGACUUUUUGACAUAGUUAGGAGCUGACCUCAGUGGCGUUCGUUUUGUGAGUUUCUUUAUCCCUAUCCUCCCGCUUAGCUUCUUCCUCCAACCACGAUCUCGUCGCUAAUGCAUAAUAUAAUGCACAUUAUGAUAACAUUAUUUCGAUUUGCUUUCCAUCUGAUUGAUUUUUAUUGCGACACAAUAGUUGGGGUGCCUCGCCCCUGAUGUGUUUAUUAAUAACGAUUGCCUCUUAAGUUCCCUUUUAUUUCAGAUUUACUCUAUUAAUAUAUCGAAUUGCCGCUGGUUAUAAGUACCCUUAUUCCUACGCCGGUUGUGGCAACCAGAUCUGAUUUGACUAACUGAAAAUCUGCAUGCGGCACACUCCAUUUUUGGGAUGACUUUUCUUCCGUCACAGACAGUUUGCUACCACCAUCAGCGAUGUACCACAUAGGGACACUGGUCAAUGCUCUGGCGUUCUCACGAGAUGGGCAUUACUUGGCUGCUGGUGGAUAUGGGCGUGUUCGGGUUUACGACACUCAUGGUGCUGCAACCCCAGCAGUGAUCGUGUCAGAGUUUAACAAAAAUGUAAAUACCCUGGGAUUCAAUGAUGAAGGAAAUUGGAUGUUUGCUGGGUCGGAAGAUCGCGUAGCGAAGAUUAUUGACUGGAGGGCUGGUGGCAGUCUGUGGAUCACUCGAGUUUUUCAGACCUCCUCGAGCAUCAAUACAAUGCUGUUGCAUCGGAAUCAGCAUGAAAUAAUCAUGGGUACAAACAAGGGAGAAGUGGUCAUCUGGGAUUUGCGCAACAAUGCGGCCAACACGAUUUGCCCUGACUCCGAUAACGGACCAAUACACAGUCUAUCGAUCAACCCUGACAUGACGUCGCUGGCCGCAGUCAAUUCAGGCGGAUACCUUAUUGUCUGGUCUCUUACCGGAGAUUCUGCUUGGAGACCGUUGGAAAGGCAUCGAUGUAAAGUUCACCCAACGUACGCGAUCAAAGUACAAUUUUCUCCAGACAGCACUCAACUGGCCACGGGCGGAGCCGACGGAAAUUUUAAUCUACUGAAGACCACCGAUUUCGGCAUCGCGGCGUCCCACAAAGUGACUGCUUCCGGAUUGUACUGGGUAUGGGAUUGCGCUUUCUCGGCUGAUUCCCGUUUCCUGAUCACGGCAACAUCAGACGGGAUCGCGCGCCUAUGGAAUCUGGAGACCGGAGAGGUGCCGAUCGAAUACAAAGGGCAUCAGCGCGCCAUAACAUGCAUGGCUUUUCGUGACCACUCCCUUGGCUGAUCCGUGGAAAUGACCAAGGCACCCCUAUCUAGUUUAAAUUUUUUACUUGAGAAUAACCUGGUUUCUCUCGCUUUAUUCAUUGUACAGAUCUUCGUGUUAUGGAUAAAACUACUUUGAU